AUGCCGUGUUUUCCCAAUCUUCAUUCCCUCCAUAUUCAAUUUCAAUCAAAUGCUACCGUGUUUCGCGACAGUCUUGAUAUACUAUUUGAUGCUCAACUAAGACCUGAUUUUAAAUUACUUCCUCGUCAUCGUCCUCAAACUGCAGUAUGUACAUGUUCUCAAUUAACUGAGUUUACAUUAUUUAAAUCAUCUAUUGAAUUUUUUAUUUAUGAUAUCAAAUUUAUUCUUGCUUAUAUGAAAAAUUUAAUUAAAUUAACCUUAAGUAUUCAUGAUACAUUUGAUCUACGAUUUUGUUAUGGUUUCAAAUUUGAAUCAAUUUUAAGUGGAUGUCUUCUACAUCUUCGUCAAUUUCACUAUACAAUGACUCAUCCAAUAGCUAAUUAA